GGGCUGACGUGGACCGUCCGGGUUAGCUGGCUCGGCGAGUUGCGGGAUUGGGGAGCGACGGGCCGGGCCGGGCCUUCGGGCCCUUGGCGGCGGCGGUAUAAAGCCGGCGACGGGGAGCAUGUAAUGUCGGAAUGCGGAGGCCGCGGCGGCGGCGGCAGCAGCAGCGACGACGCCGAGGACGAGGGUGGCGGUGGCGGCGGCCGCGCGGGCUCCGGCUCCCUCAGCCCGGCCCCGGCUGCUUCCUCGGAGGGCCGGCUCCGCCGCGGGCUGCGCGGCGCCUCCCUCAUGGCGCGCCGGCGGCCCGAACUGCUCUGCGGGGCCGUGGCGCUCGGCUGCGCGCUGCUCCUCGCACUCAAGUUCACCUGCAGUCGAGCGAAAGAUGUGAUAAUUCCAGCAAAGCCACCUGUCAGCUUUUUCUCCUCGAGGUCUCCGGUUCUUGACCUCUUCCAGGGGCAGCUGGACUACGCAGAGCACAUUCGCCAGGAUUCGGAGGUGGUGCUCCUGUUCUUCUACGCUCCGUGGUGUGGGCAGUCCAUCGCCGCCAGGGCAGAAAUUGAACAAGUAGCGAGUCAGCUUUCAGACCAGGUGUUGUUUGUCGCAGUUAACUGUUGGUGGAAUCAGGGGAAAUGCAGAAAACAGAAACACUUCUUUUAUUUUCCUGUAAUAUAUCUGUAUCAUCGGAGUUUUGGACCAGUCGAAUACAAAGGCCCCAUGAGUGCUGUUUACAUUGAGAAGUUUGUCCGCCGGGUGAUGAAACCACUUCUCUACAUCCCAUCUCAAUCAGAAUUACUAGAUUUUCUCUCAAACUAUGAGCCUGGAGUACUCGGGUACUUUGAGUUCAGUGGCUCACCCCAGCCUCCUGGUUAUUUGACCUUCUUCACUUCAGCAUUACAUUCAUUAAAGAAAGAUUACCUAGGAACAGUACGAUUUGGGGUUAUCACAAAUAAACAUCUUGCGAAACUGGUAUCCUUAGUACACUCUGGAAGUGUGUAUUUACAUAGACAUUUCAACACAUCACUUGUCUUUCCCAGGGAGGUCAUCAACUACACAGCUGAGAACAUCUAUAAGUGGGCCUUAGAAAACCGAGAGACGCUCCUUCGAUGGCUGCGGCCACACGGCGGCAAGAGUCUCCUGCUGAACAAUGAACUGAAGAAGGGACCAGCACUUUUUGUAUUUAUACCUUUUAAUCCCUUAGCCGAAAGUCAUCCUUUAAUAGAUGAGAUCACCGAAGUGGCCUUGGAGUACAACAACUGUCACGGGGACCAGGUGGUGGAGCGGCUCCUUCAGCACCUGCGGCGAGUGGACGCCCCGGUGUUCAAGUCUCUGGCACCUGAGCCCCCGGCCCAGCUACCGGACCCGCCGCUGAUAACGGAGUCCCCCUGCUGCAACACCGUGGUGCUGCCCCAGUGGCACUCCAUCUCCAGGACCCACAACGUGUGUGAACUGUGUGUCAACCAGACCGCCGGCGGCCUCAGGCCAAGGUCGGUCAGCAUGCCCCAGUGCAGCUUUUUCGAGAUGGCAGCAGCUCUGGAUUCUUUCUACCUCAAGGAGCAGACCUUUUAUCAUGUGGCAUCAGACAGCAUAGAAUGCAGGAAUUUUCUAAGUUUCUAUAGCCCUUUCAGCUACUACACUGCAUGUUGCAGGACCAUAAACAGGGGCGUGACAGGCUUCAUUGAUUCUGAACAAGAUGUCUUUGAAACCCCGACCAUUGCAUUUUCUUCCCUUGAGAAGAAAUGUGAGGUUGAUACCCCAAGCUCCGUUCCUCACAUUGAGGAGAACAGGUAUCUCUUUCCUGAACUGGACGUGGAUAGCACAAGCUUCAUAGGCCUGAGCUGCAGAACCAACAAGACCCUGAACAUCUACCUUUUGGAUUCCAAUUUAUUUUGGUUGUAUGCAGAGAGGCUGGGUGCUCCGAGCGCUGCUCGGGUGAAAGGAUUUGCUGCAAUUGUUGACGUGAAAGAAGAGUCUCACUAUGUCUUGGAUCCAAAACAAGCUCUUAUGAAGUUCACCCUAGAGUCUUUCAUUCAAAACUUCAGCGUUCUCUACAGUCCCUUGAAAAGGCAUCUUAUUGGAAGUGACUCUGCCCAGUUCCCAUCUCAACGUUUAAUCACUGAAGUGACAACUGAUACCUUUUGGGAAGUAGUCCUUCAAAAACAGGAUGUGUUGCUGCUUUAUUAUGCACAGUGGUGCGGCUUCUGUCCAGCCCUCAAUCACGUCUUUAUCCAGCUAGCUCGGCUCCUGCCCACGGAUACAUUCACUGUGGCGAGGAUUGAUGUAUCUCAGAAUGAUCUUCCUUGGGAAUUUAUGGUUGACCGUCUUCCUACUGUCUUAUUUUUCCCCUGUAACAGAAAGGACCUAAGUGUGAAAUACCCCGAAGACCUUCCCAUCACCCUUCCAAAUCUGCUGAGGUUCAUUUUGCAUCACUCAGACCCUGCUUCUGCCCCCCAGAACUUGGUUAACCCUCCUACCAAAGAGUGUCUUCAGAGAGAGGCCGUCCUGCAGCAGGGGCACAUCUCCCAUCUGGAGAGGGAGAUCCAGAAGCUGAGGGCGGAGAUCAGCGCCCUGCAGCAGGCGCAGGGGCAGGUGGAGGCCUGGCUCUCGAGCACGCGCAGGGACGAGCAGCAGCUGCGGCGGCGGCAGCACACGCUGGAGAGGCAGCGCAGCCUGCUCCAGCGGCACAGCGAGCAGCUGCAGGCCCUGCACGAGCAGAAGAGCCGGCAGCUUGAGGAGGUGGCCCGCCAGCUCCAGGAGCUGGCCGAUGCCUCGGAGAACCUCCUCACCGAGAACACCUGGCUCAAGAUCCUCGUGGCCACCAUGGAGCAGAAACUGGAGGGCAGGGACGGGGCCGAAGGCCGUGCUCCCCCGGACGAGGCGCGAUCGGACUACCGCAAGCCCUCGGGCGCCCCCCGGCUACCAGCCAGCACCCCUCCGCCUUCCAACGUCAGCUCCACGCUGGCCUCCGAAAGGAGCACCGAGAACAGGACAGACUAACUUUGAAAAUGACACGAAGAAAUCAGAGGUGAAGACUGUACAUUGCGAAUAUAUUUAUGCAAAUUUUAUUGAAAUUUAUUGUAAAUAAAGAUUUUCUCAGUGGUCUAGAAAAUCA